UCUGUACCUCUCCCCCCACUCCUCCCUCCCUCUCUCUCUCUCUGUACCUGUCUCUCUGUCUAACCUCCUCUCAGUAAUGGCGGCCGUCCUGGUCCUCCAGGCGUUGUGAAGCUCUGGGUGAAGUCCCCGGGCUGGAGGCAGCUCUGUAGCCGCUCCGCAGCGCUCAUCCUCCGGCUCGUUGCUUCGUGAGAGGCCGACGCCAAUUUUGAACCAGGUGGCGGCAACAACAUGGCGUCCGAGGCUGCGCAGUCCCGGAGCAGACGUCAGAUGACGUGAGGGCGGGGGACACCGCGUGGUGUGGGUCCGUCCCCGGUUAAAGAGCCGAGGUGUUCGACGGGAAACAGACGGUGACGCUCGGACUCACGUUGCUCCGUCCAAACUUUGUGUGCGAGCCCCGCAAGGGUACUGUCUUGAAUCAUCAAACAGAUGUUUAAUAAGCGCUACCUCAAGUCAUUUAGAUGUCUGGGACCUGUUCAUGGCUUGUGAGAAUAAGCAGAAAGGCAUGGUGUUCCAUCAAGAAGGGGCACCCACCUCUGCAACAGCACCUGCAGGAAACCAUCCAUCUGCAUGCUUGGUUGUUCCCAAACUAGGGGAAGCAAGUGAAGGCGGGAUGGAACGAAGCACCCAUGUAACCAGCGAAGAGGCAGACGUGAUUGAAGCCAACAUGUAUCCAUCGAAGGAAGGCAUCGGGACUCCUGGUGGUUUUCCUGCUGUGAAAUAUCCCACCAGUUUAAAUCCUCAUCCAGACAACCUGUCACCUGAUAUCAUCUGCAAAGGAAUCAGAGUGACGCUGGACAACAACAGCAUGUGGAAUGAGUUUUUCAGAUGUAAAACAGAGAUGAUUCUGACUAAACAAGGCAGCAGGAUGUUCCCUUACUGCCGCUUUCGCAUCUCCGGCUUGCAGCCAUCUAAGAAGUACUGUCUAGUCAUGGAUAUUCAACCUUUAGACAACAGUCAUUACAAGUGGACUGGCAAGAGCUGGCAGGUUGCAGGGAAAGCAGAAUGUCAAGUAAAGAGUAAACCAUUCGCUCAUCCAGAGUCCCCAUCAACAGGUCAACACUGGAUGCAGAAUCCAGUGUCCUUUUACAAACUGAAGCUCACAAACAACAUCUCAGAGCAAGAGGGGAACACCAUCCUGCAUCCCAUGCACCGCUACUCUCCACGACUGCAUGUAGUCCAAACUGACAAAGCGGCGAAAGACAUAAAGCUAAAUGCUCCUUGUGUUGUCACAUUCAGUUUCCCUCAGACUGAGUUCAUGGCAGUCACCGCUUACCAGAACUCACGUUUUGCUCAGCUCAAAGUCGACUAUAACCCGUUUGCCAAAGGACUGAAGGAGGAUGGGUCCAGUUCGUUGGGCCUAAAACUGAAAUUGAACUCUGGCAAAGACUUGCAUAAAGCUGGAGGCACAACAACCAAUGAACAUCAUCCUGUAAAAGAGAGCUUGAAAUGUUUGCUUGCAAACCAUAAACCAAGAAGCUCAAAAGCAAUGGAUUCAAAACUUCCGGUGUCAAGUGACCUACAGAAUUCAACCACCAGUGGAGAUCAGUCAGCUGCCCAGGUUCCAGAGGAAAGUUUGUGCAGCAGUUCACAACCAUCUCAGAAGUUAUUUUCGGAACUUAUUCGGGAGGCUCACGUUUCACUGCAACGAUGUAACCUGGACCAGCUGGACGUCAAUAACAGCACCUCUCACAGAGCUGAGCUAACAAACACUAAAACCACAGCUUUGGAAAGUAACAGAGAAGAUGUCUCCAAGAAAGACAAAACACACAGUGAAACAUUGUGUGUAAAGAACUGUGAAACUGGGUUAAUGUCAAAGAGGAAAUUCAAACAGGAUAAGCACCUUUUGAACUUACACAACUGCAAGGACAAUGCUAGCUCGGAUUAUUCUGAGGUCACGAAUGUCGUUACUGUUCCAGUGGUGUCCCAGAAAACCUCUGUUGACUCAAACCACAAACCUACACCUGCAUUUCCAUCAGAGGUGAAUAUAAAGCAGCAUAAACGACCGGCACCUCUACCUCUACCAGCCCUUGCUCUUUUUUUGAAGCAGCAUUUGACAAAGUCUAAAAAGUCCAAGAAUAAGCCAGGUUCUCCUCCCCCAGUACUUUCAUCUGAGUCACAGAGUUCUGCUGAGGAUUCUACAUGUGUACUCUCUGAUCAUGCCAGCAAUGCUAAUGUUCCCUUGAAAGAUCUCACUGGCAAUAUAACAAAAUUUAACAACCACGCCUCAGGACAAGCCAUUGCAGACAUUCAUCCACCUGGAAAAGCAGUUAAAGCAGCCUUUCAGUCUUCUAGUCCAUCAUGUUUAGAUGCUAUAGGCAAUGUAGAGCCAAAGGAACCAAGGGCUGAUGGUCACUCGGCCUCCAUUUCAGUUUUUGAAAACCCAGGCUCCGACAUGGCCGUACCAGAUGACAGUCCAGUGCCACCAAACUCAGAUCAGCAAUUGUGUACCCAUGGGACAUUUUCAUCCUCCAUUUGUUCAACUCUUGCUACCUCUUCUGCAUCUCCUGUGUUGUCACCGCCCCUUGACACAGUGUUAAUUGCCCUGAACUCACCACAAACACCAACAUUCACAGAGUCUUCCACACUACCCUCUGACUCCCCCACCAUAAAGUCUGAUUCUUUGCUCCCUGACCCUGAAUGUUCUCCUUUUGGCUUUAAGCCUUUGUCAGCUACUACUUCUCCAGAACCUUUACCUCCCCUGCCUUCCUCGUUAGCUUUUGAACUGGACUCCACUACCUCUGAAACAACUCUGAGAGCAGUACCCCCUGAAGAGUUAUCGCAAAAUGUAUACUCUACUCCAACUGUGUUAAAAUGGCAUACGGUGUUACCUACACAUGUGCCGUACAUAGACACUUCAUACACAACAUUUCAGUCCACAUCACAGCCACUUUCUUUAGUAUCUAUCUCAUCACCUUUGUUGCCUUCUACGACUCCCACCCACACAGAACCACAAACUCUUGAAACCUCCACAUCUAUGGCUCUGGAUGAUCCUACUUUAUCAUUUCAACAGAACGAACAAUUGCUGCCUUUCCCAGGAGAACUGUCCCCCCUUGCACUCCAGUUGCCACUGUCUCCAACUUUUUCUUCAUUAGAUGGAGAUGGAUUGUCACCUACGCCUUCAAUCGCAGACCUUGUGCAUUUUUUCUCCACCGAUGAUGACCUUGGGAUGGGGGUGGAGUUUUCAAAUUCGGAGGCAGUGGCAGUUACCUGCCCACCUCCUACUAUAGUAGAGGCAAUUGCACAUGAACCUUCUCAGCUAGUCCAACCUUUCCCAGCUAAGAAACCCUGCAAGAGCAAGAAGAAGUCCCGCCGACGAAAGCUUGCCAACAUGGAUAUAGAUCAGAAGGUUGAUAAUGCCACCUACACUAGCAUGAAGCCUAACCUGGAGGAAGUGGAGGAGCAGUUAUUUAUCUCGUUCACAUCCAAGGAGGCCCUAAAACUUCACAUUGCAGACCCCCCUGAGGAAACGGUCACGCAACCUUCACACAACCAGACGACACCUGAAGGUCACCUGCCACCACCUGCUGACACAACUGAGAAUGUGAAUGAUGACGUGACAAUGUGUUGGUGUCCAGCAGAGAGUGUGGAGAGGAUCAAUAGCUGUGAGAAGAUUCUCCUGACAGACCUGAAGAUGAUGAAACACAAACAGGUCAUUCACCCUGUGCUGCAGGAAGUGGGUCUGAAGAUGAACCUUCUGGAUCCCAGUCUGGCCAUAGACCUGCAGUACCUGGGAGUCCAUCUGCCCAUCUCCCCUCCUGGAGCAUCUCAGGAGCCUGUGACCCUGGAGCUGCCUCCAUCUCAGGCGUUUGUGUCCAGAACAGGAAAAACCACCGACGUCACUCAGAUUAAAGGUUGGAGAGAUAAAUUCACUGCGUCGGAGGCUCCGCCCACUCCUUCAUCAGCCACACCUGAAGCUGGUCCCAGUUCAGAUCCGCCUAAGAAGAACCUGUCUGCGUUCUGCAGCGACAUGUUGGACGAGUAUCUGGAGAAUGAAGGGAAACUGAUCGACGAGCGAGCUGCAAGCUUCUCUCAGCCUGUGGUGGGGCCGGUGGUGUACGAGCUUCCCGCCAGGAGCACCAGCUACGUCCGAACCCUGGAUAGCGUAGUGAAAAAACAUACUGCCAGCUCCCCCACCUCAGACCUCAUAUCUGGAUUCAUCCCCCCCUCCAAGAGAUCAAAACUCUCUCUCAAAGAGACAAAGACUUCCAGCAAAGAGAGGAAACACAAAGGUCCUAAAAUGAUCAAACUCAGACCUGAACCGGCUGCUGCUUCAGUUUCAACACCUGAACCAAGUCCAGCUGAACCAAACCUGGCCCCUAAACAGCCUGCAGUCCCGACCUCAGCAGCACCCCCGCUAUCAGAGCACACAACACCCGUCACUGAACCUCACAAAUCCAAGAAACACCAGAAGCAAAAGGUCAGUUUCAACCGCACAGAACUGUUAACUCUGUCCCCUGAGACCCCCACCUUUAAUAGGAGAAGGAAACUCAAACCCAAGUCCUUGUGCCAGACUCUCAGCCCCCCCAGGACCACGGCCCACCUGCCGCAUGUCUCAGAGGACCUGGCUCCUUUAGAGUCGGAUUCUGAGCUGGGGGCUUGUGCCGAUCAGGGCGAUGAGGACAGCAGACCUGUGAUGACCCGAGCUCUGUUAAGACAGAAGGACCUGGAGGACGGAGUGGUGUGGGAGGGCCGACCCAGGACCAGCAUCACCAUUGAGCGGGCCGCCAUUGCCCUGACAUCACUGUUCACACUAAUGGGUUUCGUCAGCGAGAAUCCCACCGCUCCCGUCCAGCUGGUCCGCAGUCGAGCGCCGCCCUGCCUGAAUGACUUCUGCAGGCUUGGCUGUAUCUGCUCCAGUCUGUCCCACUGCUCCAGGAUCAGUCACUGCGGCCGGCCUUGCUGCAUGUUCGGCUGCAGCUGCCUCAAACAGAAGGUCGUCCUCCUCAAGAACCUCGACGGCUCAGACUCCAGCCCCUCCCCCCACAGGAGGAGGAGGAGGAGGAGAAGGAUGAAGAUGGCUUACAUUCUAAAGGAGGCGGACAGCGUUUCCCAGCCUGCUGAGCGGGUCAGGAUUCUGUGGAGGAAGGAUGCUAGAGACUCAGAUCCAGAUCCGACAUCCGUCCCUGACUUAGCAUCUCUGCUCUGCAGCUCUGAGAGCAGUGAUAACGGCAGCUGUGCCAGGGUCAGAGGUUACAUAGGAACAUCGAGAGACCGAGGGACAGCAACUCAGCCAGUUUCCCCCGUCCGGCCUCAGAGUCCUCCCUCAGAGCCGCCCCCGAAACCGUCGAAGCGUCUGAUCAUCAUUGCGGAGUGUAAGUGGGCCACCGAUGACGACCGCAACUACGUGUUGAAGAGGCUGUGCGAGGCAAUGGCUCAGGACCGACUGGACAAACCUUUCUGGCUCCGGAAGUAUCUCAUCAGUCCCACCAGUCAGAAUAUGGAGGAGAGCGGCAGAGACUGCUGCAUGCAGUACAUAGUCCACAUCACAAGACCCAGAGAAGAGCGUGAGAAACCAGCAGCUCCACCAAAACCACAACGACCGGGAAACCAGAGGACAGAAAAACCACAACUACAAGAAGAGGGCCACCUGAGACCGGUGAGCGGGGAGGCGGAGCAUCUGGAGGCUUGGCAGUGGGAGAUCACGGAGGAGGAGGAGCCUCCGGAGGACUGGCAGCGGGAGGUAGAGGAAGGUGAAAUCCUGGAGGAGGAAGGCUCAACACUUUACCAGAUGGACAAUGGGAGCAAGAGGAGUGGGGGGGGAAUGAAACGAAAGGAAAAGAAGAAGAUGGUCAGCUUGGCGCUCCCAUUCCUAACAGGAAUCUCCCCUGCUGGAUUCCUCUCAGCCAGAAGAAGACAACCGGGAGGGACCGACCACCUGGUCCAGGUCAACGGGAAACUCUAUCCUCUGGCUAAGAUCCAGUUAGGGAAGAUGGGGGCGCUCCAUCCGGCAAACCGUCUGGCAGCCUAUCUGACCGGCCGGGUGGGGUCCAGCAGGAAGCAACUAGGUUCUUCUUCGUCGUCCUCCCAAUCUUCUAAACCUCCUCAGACCCAGAGUUCAGACCCGACCCCCCCAAACUUGGCUUCCUCAAACAUCAUUGCUGCCGACACCACCCCACCCCAAACACAGCCGUCAAUCACAGCAGUUACCACCCUACCCUCUUCCACAGUUCUCGACCAAUCAGCUGGAGCACCUAAGGGGGCGAGGACCCAGGUUGUUGCGGUGAGGUUGUACCAGAAUCCUGCGGCUGGGGGAAGUCAGGUGACACCUGUCGCUUCUGGUAGCUCCACUCCCUCAACAGCCUCUCAGAUGAGCAGCUCUCGGGUUCAACUCGUGAAUCCUUGUGCAGGCUCGGCAGCGGUCCCAGGUCCUGGUGUGAAGGGCGUCCCCCCCACCGGUCAGAGGAUGGUCCUGCAGCCUGUUCACACAGCGUCAGGUGUGCAGUAUUACCGCAUACCAGAUGGUAAGCUGGUCCAACUACUUCCCAUCAGCAAGCUGAGAGCAGUCAACGCAACUCGGCGUGUUCCCAGAGUCUUUCUCUGUGACCCCCGUCCCACCCCCCUUGGCUCGGGCUCUGGUUUGCUGUCUCAGACCACGACGUGCACCUUUAAAAUCCUUCCUACCAACUCCAAGAAGGAACCGAUCUUUAUCAGCUGUCCUAAACUCCCCACCCGGGUGGUGACGACUCCCAGCACCUCCCUCCAGAGCCCCUCCCAACCCCCCGCCCCCCUGUUGAACCCUCUCUCCCUUAAACUCUCCAAAGGUCAGGGAGCGGAGCUCAACGGCAAAACAGUGAAGGUGACAGCGGACUCUGGUGGGCUGGUCAGAGGUCACACCUUACCCCCAUCGCACCCCAUUGCUGAGCCUGAGCUGGCCUCUGACCUGGUGGACCUGGACAUAAUCUGCAUGGACGAUGAGAUGGGGUUCGUUACCACAGAGACGCAGUCAACUGAGGUGGUGGACCUGGCAGGGUCUUCAAGUGGAGAGACAGAAAAUUCGUCAGACUUUGGAGACGAGUUGUACAUCGACGAAGAGAAGGAGACAACAGGGAACCAGGCGGAGCAGGUGAUCCAGGAGCUGAGGUCGACAGAAGCACAUCUGAAAGAGAAGAAGAGGAGGCUGAUGAAGAGGAGGGACCACUUCCUCUCAACCAUCGCUCCAACAGGUCAAAAAGAGCAGAUAGUCCUGAAGAAGCUGGAAAAGCAGGAGAGACACCCAGCAGCCAAUCAGUUGCGAGCACCAUAUCAUCAAACGUACAGCUGCAGACUCUCCAAGUUCCUCCUACCACUGCCCACCCCUCUACCAAACCUGUCCCUGUCCCUGCCCCUGUCCCUGUCGCUGCCCCUGUCGCUGCCCCUGUCCCUGUCCUGCCCCUGUCUCUGCCCCUGUCCCUGUCUCUGCCCCUGUCCCUGUCGCUGCCCCUGUCCCUGUCCCUGCCCCUGUCCCUGUCGCUGCCCCUGUCCCUGUUGCGGCACCUGUCCCUGCAACUGUCCCUGCAUCUGUCCCGACACCUCUCACUGCACCUGUCCUGUCCAGACACCUGUCCCUGCACCUGUCCCUGUCCCGACACCUGUCCCGGCACCUGUCCCUGUCCAGACACCUGUCCCUGCACCUGUCCAGACACCUGUCCCGGCACCUGUCCCUGUCCAGACACCUGUCCCUGCACCUGCCGCUGCACAUGUCCAGACACCUGUUGCUGCACCUGUCCCGACGUCAGUCAAGACAGCUGUCCAGAUGUCUCAGAGGAUCCUGCAGGUGUCUGAGUCCCCCCUGGCUCCUCCUGCUGUAUCCCAUAUCGCACCUGUGGUUCGAGGCCGGCCAAAGACGAUGCCAAACAUCUUGUCUCGCAGUAAAAGACCAGUUCCAUCAUCUCUGCUCACGACUAUUGAGGCUCCGUCUGUUCAGGCGCUGGUACCGGCUGACGUUCUGUCUCUGAUUGGUGCAGCGUUGCCAGGACAACAGAUGCUAACCCUGAAUCCGUUGAUGGCGGGACAGAUGGUUCUGCAGACGACAACUACAACACCAGGAGUGGCCUCUGUCACCCUCAACGUCCCCAGUCUGACCAAUCAGCAGGUCCAUCUCAGCUCACUGCCCCGUCCCCCAUCUGAAUCCAGAACCUUCUCAGAGGCUUCAAACCGGCUGCACCUGCCUCAACCCCCUCUGGUGGUUUCUGCUGGACCAGCUCUCCCCUCAGACCAGAUCAUGGACCAGGCCCCAUCCUCCUCCUCCACCCUGUGCCCAGGACUGAGUGUUGAUUGUGGGGCAGAGGUCGGUUAUCUGGGUGCGGGGCCAAAGACCAGAGCCGACGGUGGCAUUGAGAGUCCGACGUCCCUCAAUGAGAUCGUCUCCGUCAACCAGCGGACUGUCUCCACAGCGGGGGUCUCGUAUGAGGUGGACCACGCAGUGGGUGGAGCCAAGGAGCAGGGCCACACCCAUAGCUUGGAGCUGGACUGUGACAACAGCGCUGCCAUUGAGACAGAGCAUGGAAGGCUUCAGGGCCACACGGAGAUGACGCAGACCGGACCUCAAACUGGACCAACCAAUGGGAACACUACAGGUAAUGCCCUGGCCCUGCCCCCUUUGCUGCAGAUGAAGGUGGGAGGGGCUAAGGUGGUUGACUCUGCCAGCAGUGACAGAGCAACAGCGGGAGACCGGAGGGAGGAGGGAGUGAUGGCCUGGAGGCCGAUGCCGCGGCUGGUUCCUCUGGGGCUGAGAGGAAACCCGCCCAGCUGAUGAUGGCGCUGCUCGAUCAGUGUCCCGUUGGUCAUCGCUGUUUUUGUUAAGUUAUUUCAAAUAUUAACGUCCUCGAAAACAAACAUGACACAUCUGAAAAACUGUAAAGGCCAGAAGUCGACCUCCAGUGUGUCACGUGCACCCUAACAAAAGCAUGUGGACACGUGUCUGAGUGAUCUGAUCUCAGGUGAGUCCUCGAUGUUUCACACCUGAACUCUGAAGAUCCCCUGAGACAGGUGUGAACAGUGUCACCCCCGACCUCAACCUUCAACCUUGACCCUGACUACCACCUCGACCUUGACUCAUCGAUCAUGAAAAUUCGUUCUCUUCAGUUUUCAAAUUAAAAGCUCACGUUUCUAAUCUCAGAACCAAAUCCACCACACAAUACUAAAAUUGAAAUGUUUUAAACCUUUUUAUUUAGUUCUUUUUAAGGGUUAAAAAUGUGAUUUGCUUCAUCCCAGUGUUUUCUUCCUCUGAUCUGAAAUCAGUUUUCUAACUUUCAUUAAAAAGUCAUCCAGCAAGUGCCCUGCAAAAAAAUAUCUAUAAAAAUAAAGAAAUAGUUUAAUUCUCACAAAUCUUCCACCUGUUUUCUCUUAAAAUAUUAGUUCUCUAAGUCUCGUCUUUUUGUGAAAUUCUACAUUAUGAUUAUUUGUUCAUGUUAUUGUGUAUGUGGACAAACUUUUUUUAUUCUGACAUUUUAAUUAUUUUUUGAUGGGACGUAGAAAAACCUGAAAACGAACACAAAUUUUGCUUGUGCAGGAAAGUUUCUUCCUGUUUCAAGGAUUAAAAGACGAGAGCGUGAACAGGAAGUCUCACCUGCUCGGUGUUGGAUUGACGAUGAGAUGAAGAUGCAGCUGCUUCUUGUUUGUUGAAUUAAAUGAUGUUUGUACAGUUUGUUUUUCUUACAUUUGUAUUUUUGUACUUGUGAAAGAAACUUUCUGAUGUAAAUAUAAUUUGUCUGAUCGCACACUGUUCAACACUAAUAUGAAUAAAGUUUGAAUAUGGA